AUUACGCACAAGUUUGCAAUUUUUUUCAUCAUCCAUGACGGUUUCACUGUAUUGACUUUAGAAUGUUCCCCAAUCUUGAUGCUACUCUUGCAACUUUAGAUAACAAUUGGAAAAAAAAAAAACAGAAAAGAAAAACGUGGUUCAUUUGGUUUUACUUUAAUAAUACAGUUAAUGAACAUUGAUAUAUAUGCUUAAAUUCCAACCAAGACACCUAAGUAACUUGGACAUGAUGGUGUUUUAAAAAAUAAAAAUAAAAUAACAUGGACAUGAUAGGGAAUGACAUUGAUAUAUAACGAAAUGGAAAUUGAACUCUAUGAAUUAAGCACGUUUUGUUCACUAUGAUAUAUAAAACGAUUCACUAUUUGUCCAGAUUAUGAACUAAGCUUAUAUAAUCACGUGCAUAAUAUAGCCGUAAAUAAUUGUUAGAAAAGUUUAGGGUAGCUGAUAUUCUAUUAUAUUUAUCUGCUUUUUCUGGAACUAGGGAUUCUACAGCGUCAUUGCUGAUUCAAAUGUUGCUGCAAUACAUAAAUUGGUUGUCAACUUUUAAUACUUAAACAAAUGAAAAGAAAGUAGAUAGAGCUAGUACAUGAAUUGAUCUUCCAGCAGUUACACUUGUUGAAUCGGAUAUAAUUCAACUGUGCUAUGAAUUGUUCAUAGAUAGUUUUCGGGCAGGUUUGCUUCUUGAGCUGUUCAUCAAAUCUCCCACACCCGGAGCAUAAGUAUCACCCUCUCGAGCCAAAACGCAGUUACCCAACGGACCACAGGAUUCGUCUUCAGAUAAUUUCUCAGCACUUGAAUUCCACUCCUCACUCGGAUUUUCCUCGAAGGGAAUACUUCUCAUCCAAAUUCGCUUUGAGGAGAUUUCUCCUCACCCAUAUUCCCUUUGAGGAGAUUUCUCUCUCUCUCUCUCUCUCUCUCCCAGUCUCCUUAUACAGAUUUGCAUUUAGAGAAUUAAUUCUCACACAGAAUCACGCCUUAAGGGUAUUUCUCCUCACUUAGAUUCACCUUGAGGGGAUUUCUCUUCACCCAGAUUUUCCUUGAGGGUGAAACAUAUUAUAAAAAUAUGAAAAACUUAACGAGCUCGUUUUAAAAAUACGAAGUACGGAAGUAUUUUUAAAAAACAUGCAUCGACAUGUUUUAUUUGCAUGAAAAAUUACUAAUUAUGAUUAUCAGUAUCCCUGCAAGGCUUUAGUGAGGGAAGAUUUUUCCUUUUGAUUAAUUUUCCAUUGCUUUGUAAGUUCUCAAUUAAUGUGAUCAAGAGAUCUCAAGUCGGAUACACCUACCCCCAAAAUAGGAUAAUUAAGUUUUCUUUAAGGUAACUAAUACAAUUGCCAAAUAUAAAAACGUACAUACAGACUGGGAGAGAGAGAGAGAGAGAGAGAGAGAGAGAGAGAGAGAGAGAGAGAGAGAGAGAGAGAGAGAGAGAGAGAGAGAGAGAGAGAGAGAGAGAGAGAGAGAGAGAGAGAGAGAGAGAGAGAGAAGGAUCUGGCUAUAAAUACCCCAGCCUUGCUUUGUGUCAUCAUCACCAACCUAGCUAUACCCUCCAUCACUAGACAAAUGGUAUCAUCAAAACCAGGAAGCAGCUUUGGCCCCUCUCAUCAUGACUCAGGAGUCAGUAGUAUUGAGAAACUCAUCACCGAUGAUUCAGUGAUCGAAGUCCCCCAAAACUAUGUUAUCUCAGAUCAGGAGUCUCCGGUCUCUGAUGGGACUAUCCUUGCCACAAUCCCCACCAUUGACAUGAGACAGUUGGUCCUAAUCAAUCAGUCUGCAAACAAAGAUGAACUUGAAAAGUUGCACUCAACUUGCAAAGAAUGGGGAAUUUUUCAGCAGUUGGUUAACCAUGGAGUUAGCUCUGCACUACUGGACAAAGUGAAGCAAGAUUUAGAGGCAUUUUUCAACCUUCCCUUGGAAGAGAAAAUGAGAUACAAAGUAAGGCCAGGUGAUGUUGAAGGGUAUGGAACUGUUGUCAAAUCCCAAGAUCAAAAACUCGACUGGGGUAACAGGUUGUACAUGUUUACCAACCCUAGAAGGAAACCCCAUCUUUUCCCAGAGCUCCCUACAUCCCUGAGGAAUACCUUGGAGUGGUACAUGUUGGAAUUACAAAGGAUUGCCCGGACCCUUUUAGGGUUCAUGGGAAAACUUCUAAAGAUGAAGAUGGAGGAGAUGGAAGAGUUGUUUCAAGAUGGGCUGCAGUCACUGAGGAUGACUCAGUAUCCUCCUUGCCCACAACCAGGGCUAGUUGGUGGCCUCAGGCCUCAUUCUGAUGGUAGUGGCAUCACUAUUCUCCACCAGGUUAAUGGAGUUCAAGGCCUUCAAAUUAAAAAAGAUGGGGCUUGGUUCCCUGUGAUCUUUAACCAUGGUGCCUUUGUUGUCAAUGUUGGAGACAUUCUAGAGAUUCUGAGUGAUGGGCUUUAUAAAAGUAUUGAGCACAGAGUAAUUGUGAACCCAGAGAAAGAAAGGAUUUCAAUUGCUAUGUUCUUCAUGCCCAAACUUGAGUCAGAAAUUGGACCUGUGACCGCCCUGAGAGAUCCUCAGAAGCCACCAUCUCCUGGGAAAAUAGGAAUGGAAAAAUUUGUCGAGAAUUACUUCGCUCAUAAUCUUAAUGGAAAAACACCCUUGGAGCGAAUCAGAACAAAAGAUGGUGAAGAGAAUACUACUGCAUGAUGAAAAUAAUCAACCUCGAGCAAACUAAAUUGCCAGUGUCUUAUAGAUAUUGGCAAAAAAGUUUACUAUUAUUUGCUUUGGUGUGCUUUUGAUUCCCAAAUAAUUAAGUGUGCCUUCUAAGUGCUGGACUUUCCAAGUCCUAUCUUAGCAGUUAGCACCAAGACAAUGAUCAUAUUACAUACAGCUGUAUCCUGUAUAAACUAUGUGAACUCCUACCAAAAGAAUAAAAAUAGUCCAAAGUUGGUA